AUGAGGUCCAGCUCUUCAUAUGCUGCGGCUACAUUAAAACAUGAUCUCAGUGAGCCACCGUCUGUCCUGGACCACAGGAUAACAGAGGGCUGUCCACAGUCUGUCAUUGACCCCACCUAUUGUAUCAGAGCAGCAGGAGUUCUGAGGUACAACCGGGAGUCUGAGAACUACAGGACAAACUUAACAACCAUUCUUCCAGUGUCCCAGCCAAUGACGGAAUACCAAGUGAAAUGUGAGUACUGCGGAGAAAAGGCCCAACCUUCCCUGAAUGUAACAUGGGCACAAGGGCCUGAGACAGUGCCACUCUUCUGCUGUGCCCAGUGGAAGCAGCUGUGUAAGAUGCUGGUGAAGCAGAGAUGUGUGGUUGAGGGGAGGUGUGACCCGAGGACUGGUACUCCAACAUCACAGAGAGACAAGUCAGCAGGAGAGAUGGACGAGCUUCUCUUCAAAGGCAAGGAGAUGGAGGAUCACAGCAAGUUCAUCAUGGAGUUACCGAUGGGACUUGGAGAACAAUCAGAAUUGAGAGUCUACGAGGAUCACUUAAUCCAACUCCCUAUUGCAGAACCCUCAGCCCCAUCAUCAAAGGUCCUCAGCUUUCGGCUUUCUUGUGCCCCAUUAAAAGGAUGCUGGACAGUGUAUCAUUGUAGCACAACUGAGAAGCCCUUAAAAAUAAGAGAGGAAGAGGAGCAGGUGUUGGUCCCUUUUUGUGACCACAAGCCACUUCAUUUCGGCAUAUGUCAUCAUCAGGCUGGGGCAGAUUUUCUACAGAAGUAUUAUUCCAAUGGCAUGACAUUUCUUACUGUGUUCCCUGAUGGCUCUGCUCAGGUCUUCUAUCCCUCAGGUCUCUUGGCUCUCAUGGUCGUGGUCACAGAAGAAAAUGGAAGAGUCUGCAUAGUGUAUGAUGACAGCUCUGCCUCCUAUCAACCAAUUAGAGCCGUGUUCCAGUCUGAUGGCAAGGCGACAUGUUAUCACAGCAAUAGAAACAUAUGGCUGACCUUAAACAGUUCAGGCGGUCAGUGUUUGGAUGAGGCGUGUAACAGGGUUCGGCGGUGGAGCUGGAGCAGCGUGGGCGUCACUCCCACUCCCCUGUACCCCGUCUUCCUGUCCCUCAACAAAACUGUUGGGGUCCGAAUCCUCGGGAAGGACAGAGUGUUUGUCUCCUUCAUGGCAAGAGGUCAACAGGCAAAGUUCAGUGUGGGUACCUGCUGCUCUCAGGAUGAAUGUAAAACAGUUGGGGUUGCUUCAGGAACAUCGGUAUUAAAGGAGGACCUGUUUGUGCAGGCAGCCAGGAUUAGGAUCCGCCUGGUCAUUCAGCACCUCCACCAGUACCUGAUGACGCCAUCACAUCACCGGCUGCCGAAGACAAAACAAGCUGCUCACCUCAAUGAAGUCGCCAAAAGGCUUCUGGAAGUCAGUGCUGAUGUGAUGAGUGAGAGUGAAAUAACUUUUAUCCAUAUGGGCCUUCACAGUUGUCUUUGA